GAAGUAUUUCGAGGUGGAGCAAGGCGCAUUUCCGAUUGUCACUCAACGGAAUUGUAUGAGUCUCUCGGCUUUUCUCAUACACAGAGCUGACUUCAGUGACCAGGCAUUAUGACCCUCUUUCACUUUGGAAACUGCUUUGCUCUGGCAUAUUUCCCUUACUUCAUAACAUAUAAGUGCAGUGGCUUAUCAGAGUACAAUGCCUUCUGGAGAUGUGUCCAAGCGGGUGCAACCUACCUCUUUGUCCAGCUAUGUAAGAUGCUGUUCUUAGCAACAUUUUUCCCCACUUGGGAAGGAGGAGCUGGAAUUUAUGACUUUGUAGGGGAAUUUAUGAAGGCUACAGUGGACCUGGCAGAUCUGCUGGGCCUCCAUCUUGUGAUGUCUCGUAAUGCUGGUAAAGGCGAGUAUAAGAUCAUGGUGGCUGCCAUGGGCUGGGCAACAGCAGAACUUGUCAUGUCCAGGUGUCUCCCUCUGUGGGUGGGAGCCAGAGGGAUCGAGUUUGACUGGAAGUACAUCCAGAUGAGCUUUGACUCCAACAUCAGUUUGGUCCAUUAUAUUGCCAUGGCGGCAGUGGUGUGGAUGUUUACACGAUAUGACCUUCCUAAGAGCUUCAGACUGCCGGUCACAGUGUUGUUGGCUCUUUGUGUCUACAAGGCCUUCCUUAUGGAGUUGUUUGUCCACAUCUUCCUGUUGGGCAGUUGGACAGUGUUAUUGGUCAAAGCUGUGUUGACUGGUGCCAUCUCUCUCUGCUCGCUGUUUCUCUUUGUCACUCUGGUCCACAGUAACUAAAUAGCGCGCGACAGCCUGGGAUAAGCCUUCAACAGUCUUUGUGGUCCAGAGUGGACUGUGGGUGGUCAUAGACCAGGAGUUGACCACUGAUACCAUAUCAGUCUUAGUUUUGUCAUGCAGUACUCAGGACUGCUAUAAAUGCUUGUUAUUUGAAAGUUGGACUAAUCUGAUGUACAGAAAGAAGACCUCGGUCAAGUCGACGAAGUAACCGGUUCUUCCAGUUGGUUUUGAACUGCCUGUUAAAUGGAGAACAAGCAUUUGGUGUCUAUUUUUGUGUCCUCUCAGUAAGCAGUUUUGGCUUGUUAAAAGGUGAAUUUUGUAUCUUAAUGACCACAAAUGAAAUUAGACUUCAUAAAUAACACUUUUUCUUAGUAUGUGUUGACAAAUGAGCCAGUGUACAUGCUUAGAAUAGAUGGUUGGUUGUGGAUGACCGUGAAAGUUCUUUAAUAGUCAGUUAUGUGUAUUGAUUUAUUUAUGUCUAAAUAAAUAAGAAGAAAGUUCAAAUUCAAUUGUAGAAUGAUUGUAAUAAUCAAGGAAAUUGUGUGAAAGAUUUUAAGUUGAACUCAAAAGCAUCAUCAAUUUCAAUAAAAGUAUGUUAAAGUGUAAA